AGGGAAUAGGCUGCUGCCUGCCCUAGUAAGCACUGCUCUUAAGUCCUCUACCCAAACCGCCGCUGAGCUCUGUGUUUGGAAAGUUGAGCAAGUCAACUGACCAGCAUCUCACCUCAAAAGAUGGGAAGUGGAAUUAGUUCAGAGAGCAAGGAGUCAGCCAAAAGGUCAAAAGAGCUGGAGAAAAAGCUUCAGGAAGAUGCUGAGCGAGAUGCAAGAACUGUUAAGCUGCUGCUGCUGGGAGCAGGUGAAUCUGGAAAAAGUACUAUUGUUAAACAAAUGAAGAUCAUCCAUAAGAAUGGUUAUAGUAAACAAGAAUGCAUGGAAUUUAAAGCAGUGAUCUACAGUAACACACUGCAAUCAAUCUUAGCCAUCGUGAAAGCUAUGACUACACUUGGGAUUGAGUAUGUGAAUCCCAGAAGUGGAGAAGACAAACAACAACUUCAUGCAAUGGCAAAUACACUAGAAGAUGGUGACAUGACACCCCAGCUGGCUGAGGUGAUUAAGCGACUAUGGGGAGACCCAGGAAUUCAGGCCUGCUUUGAAAGGGCAUCAGAAUACCAGCUCAAUGACUCUGCGGCUUACUACCUUAAUGACUUAGAUAGAAUCACAGCCCCUGGGUACGUGCCAAAUGAGCAAGAUGUUCUACAUUCCAGAGUGAAAACGACUGGUAUCAUUGAAACUCAAUUCUCCUUUAAAGACUUGAACUUCAGAAUGUUUGAUGUAGGUGGACAGCGAUCAGAGAGAAAGAAAUGGAUCCACUGCUUUGAAGGAGUGACGUGCAUUAUAUUUUGCGCUGCACUAAGUGCCUAUGACAUGGUGCUUGUAGAAGAUGAAGAGGUGAACAGAAUGCAAGAAAGUCUUCACCUGUUCAACAGCAUCUGCAACCACAAGUAUUUCGCGACCACCUCCAUUGUUCUGUUUCUCAACAAGAAAGAUCUCUUCCAGGAAAAAGUGACCAAGGUGCACCUCAGCAUCUGCUUUCCAGAGUACACGGGACCAAAUACGUUUGAAGAUGCAGGAAACUACAUCAAAAACCAGUUUCUAGAUCUGAAUUUAAAAAAAGAAGAUAAGGAAAUCUACUCUCACAUGACCUGUGCUACUGAUACCCAAAACGUCAAAUUCGUGUUUGAUGCAGUGACAGACAUAAUAAUAAAAGAGAAUCUCAAAGACUGUGGGCUCUUCUGAGCAACCUCUCUUCUUCCAUUUGUGGU